CCCGAUAAGAUAACACCGCUAGCCAUACAUUUCCUUCAACCUGAUAGGCUAAUAUUUUAAACUCACGCGGGUUUAGAACAUCGUUAUUCCAGAUUUCGCACUUGUUUUAAAUCCAUCGUCUCAACACAACCAACGUAAAAAAACUAAUGACUGGGAUACAAUAAUGGAAGGUGAUGAAAUGCCGCUUUCAUUUAAUGCCUCGUCCUCGACAUCACCCCGUCGAUACGAAACACUAGAAGAUAUUUUUCAAGAGAUCUUAAGCUGGAUUCAGGGUGCAAAUACCGACGCGAAACUGGCUGAGAAUGCCGUCAAUCAUAUCAGUUCAAAGGUGGAACGGGCACUUAAACCUUUGGAGACGACGUACGUCGAAUCCCAAUACGUCAAGGCCCUUUUGACAACGUGGGCAGAGACCAGUUUAAAAAAGGCGUUUAGUUACCUUGAGGAUGAAACGACUGACAUUAGCAAAGAAAUGUCUAACAUCUUAGACGAAUUGGAUUCCAUCAAUUCCGUCGAAGAUAUUGACACCAAACUAAAUGAAAAAACAUCACAGCUUUGGACUUGGUUUAAUGGAGGCUGUCCAUAUAUCCAACUGAUACUCGAACAGGAAGAUUUGUUCAAAAACACGCCCCGUUUCGCCAUUCUUUUGAACGAGUAUUUUAAAAAGGUGAAGAGAUGUUUCAUCAAUAAGGUCUUUUCCCGAUGCAAGAAUGACAUCAUCAACGACGGAUUGGAUAGUUCAUCUCUGAAAGAAUUCAUUUCAGCUCUAAUUGAUUUUUUGACCAACGCCAAUGAAGAUAAUCAUUUACAAGACGUUGUGAAGAAUUAUAUGCGUGAAAACAAUAUAACGACGAGUAGCCAAGAGGCAGAUGGACAAGACUGGAAGGAAGGCAGUGGAAUUGAAAAAUGGGUUAAUGAGCUUAUAGAAAUUGUGAGCACUGCGCUACUUUCAGAGAGCGACAGCAAAGAAAGUGUGAUCCCUGAAUGGGUACAGCGACUUAAAUCAGAAUCGUCGAAAAUAAAGUGGACCCCGAAACUGAAAUUACUGUUCAGAGAGACGUGCAAAAAACUCUUGCUGCCUGAAACCGUAAUCGAAGUGAGAAAACAGUACGGAAGAAAAAUUAUUUUCAUCAGUGGCGUUGCCAUUUUUGUUAGUCAAAAGUUGGAGCAAAUAAAGGAAUUAAUAGCCAAUGAUAAUAAAGUGGAAGAAAUUGCAAUCGUCGGACAGUCGUCUAUUCAAAUCGACUGUGACUUGGGAGAAGAAAUCUUUCAGGGCAUUAACGUGGGCAUCGUUACAGACAAACUUAUCGUGUGCGCAGAUGGAAACGACAAGAAUAGAGUGUGGGAUGUAUCCGGAAGGAAUGGGCUUAUGGAUAAAAAAAGAGGAUCUCGGACAACCGAGGGCGGAAGUGGUGGCAAUGUUUAUAUUAAAUGCAUUGAAAUUAUCGGAGCUGAGCGAUGGACGAUCGCAUCCAAUGGAGGAGACGGGGAUUCUGCUCUCAAGUGGUCUGAGGAAGAAAUUAAGAAAGUUUUCAGUCCCAUAUUGCCACCGGAUACGGAAAUGAAAAACGAAAAAGCAAAGGAACAAGUUUCCCACCAAUCGGGGAUAAAAGAUCUCUAUGAAAGACUAGAACAAAAUCUGAAAAAAGAGCCCUUCGACUGGGUCUAUAUAAAAAAUGUUUUGGUGCAAGGCGAAUGUCAGGCAAAGUCUACCCGGUCAGGCGACGGCAGCGAAAUAACGUAUUCAUUGUAUGAAGAUGGAAAAAAGAAACGACACACACUCAUUUUCUGCAAAGGGCCGCCCGUCCUACGAGGUGGCUACGGCGGAAACAUCAUCUUGGAAUUGUCGAAUAAAGAGCGUGGCGUCCCUUCUACUGGCAUGGAAAUGUAUCAAGCAAUGGACACAGGAGGGGUUGUCUACAAGGCAACUGGUUCUGACGGAAAAAGGGGGCAACCGACUGGCGAUGUCGGUUACAUCCACAACGGAGACCAGACCCAACCAGGAAAUUACAUUGGUUUUGAAAAUAACCAAAGACUAGAAAUUCGAAUCUACUCCAAGAAAGGAGACUUAAAAAAAGAUGGACCAGCUUCGUAUGCCAAAGUUUAUCUUGACCAAGGAGUUGAAGGUUAUGCAACCAUAGUCGCGCGAGAUGUACAGCAAAACGAUUGUUCUUCUGAAGCGAGAAAACCCGUUAAGAAAAAGGCCGUUAUUCGUCAGAGCCUCGUUCGUUAUUUUUUAAAGAUCAAUGAGCGGAAGCAAAUGUUGGAAUCCCUUUGGAAGACGUUGAUGUCUGAUCUGUUGGAAGAAGAUCAGUCGCUAAAUGUCGACCAAUGGAUGGAAGAAAUUCGAAAUAAUGAGAUCCUCUUCGGUGAUCAAGUGGGCCAGCAAUUGAAUCAAGAGAAGGUGGUACAUACCAAGCCAGCACCUGUUGUCAGAAGCAGUGCAGCCUGCGAUUCAAAAGGAGAAGCGUCGAACUAUUUCAGAAAAAUGGUAGAGAAUGACAAACUCAAGCGUAUUGAAGGAUACGUGAAAAUGCUCUUCGAAUUGAUUAAAGAUAAAAGAACUUCAGGGAAGAAAGUAAACAUAAAAAAUAGAAAAUCGAAAAAAUGGAGCAAAAGAAUUGAUUUAAACUUCCGGGAUAGCCAAUUGUCAGAGAUCAACACCAAACUGUUAGGUGAAUAUUUUUAUGACUUCGAAUACGCCGUGCAGCAACUUUGUAACCCAACAGACGAAAACUUCCGGCUUCGUGACUAUCAGAUUGAGGCAGUUCUAGCAGGUCUAACGUUGUACAUGAAUACCCCUGAAAGAAAUGAAAAUACGUUAACUGAAAUAUCGACUGGUGGCGGCAAGUCGCUGAUUGUGGCAGCAUCAGCAAUUGCGAUUGCGCUUGGCUAUCGUUUCAAUGUGGACGUGAUAACCAGUAACGACUUGUUAGCAAUCCGUGACUCUAAUCUUUCAGUCGCAGAAGGAGGAUUGAAAGAUCUCUACGAAUAUUUCGGGGUGACGGUGGCAAACAACUGCAGUCAAUCUGAAGAUGAUCGCAAAGCAAGUUACACUGCGCAAGUAGUUUACGGACAAUUGGCUAAUUUCCAGCGUGAUUAUUUAUUGGACGAAUUCUACGGCCGUAACAUUCGUGGCAAUCGAAGAUUCCACCAUGUCAUUAUUGACGAAGUGGAUUGCAUGUUGCUGGAUCAAGGCAACAACACCCUCUACUUAUCACACGACAUUCCCGGUAUGGAAACUUUAGAAUCUUUGUACGUUUUCAUUUGGGAUGAAAUAUGGAAUUCUCGUAUUGAUAAGGCCAUCCCGGACUAUCGAGAACAAGUGAAGAAAUCCAUCAAAUCUGACGUGUUAUUUGACCUAUACGGCGUCAUAACUAAAGACGAUUUGAAAUGUUUUGUUCACGUGCCAUUAAACGAUUUGGAAAAAGAUGCGCUGUGGGAUCAUUUAAUCAAGAAUAAAGUGAUUGACCAAAAUGGACGUCUACUAAUCGAUGAUGCCAACCAAAUGACAGAAGAAAAGAUCAACUAUACACCUAAGAAUGCGGCCAAAGAAACAAAUCUUAAUGCAAAAUUGGUUUUCUAUUUACGGCAAGUGGCAAAUCGCCAGCGUCGAAUUCGGAUACCUGCCCAUCUGCUCGAUUUUGUUGACCGGCACUUGGACACUUGGCUGGAAAGCGCUUUUCUGGCCUUGGAUCUACGACCCGACGAGGACUACGUCAUUGAUCAAGAUCGUACAGACACGAGUUCCGAUCUCAAUCCGAAAGUUAUAAUUAUCGAUCGCGACACUGGAACGGAUCAAACGUCUUCACAAUGGGACGAGGCCUUGCACCAGUUCAUUCAGCUGAAGGAAGGAUGUAAAUUGUCGCUGCAAAGUAUCAAAGCUGUUUUCAUCUCGAAUGCAAUGUACAUCAAAAAAUAUGAUUCCAUCUCGGGUUUUUCGGGAACGCUGGGAUCUAAACAAGAACAGAAAUUUUUAUGUGAGACAUUUAAGGGCUGCUUGCACUUUCCUACCCUCCUUCCUAAGUUUUUUGAAGAAAAACUAGCCAAAGUUCUGUCGACCGAAAAUGAAUGGCUAGAUGCCAUCAUCGAAGAAACCAAAACUAUUAUGAAGGAAGGACGUUCGAUUGUAAUCUUUUGCAAAUUCAUCAAAGAUGUAAAUCUCGUCCAUCAACGUUUAAAGAGUUCCAUUCCUGAGCUAAAGGAAAACAAUCGCCUUCAUCGCUACACCCGCGAUUACGUGAAAUUUGUUUUUGAAGGAACGGAGCUGGACAUCGGGCACGUUAUCGUUGCCACUAACUUGGCCGGACGAGGAACGGACAUCAAAAUCAGCCAAAAACUACGUGAAAAUGGAGGAUUGCAUGUGUGUCUCAGCUAUUUCCCCGAGAACGAACGAAUAGAGGAACAAGCGAUGGGCCGUGCAGCACGCAAUGGAGCACCUGGAAGUGGAAUUCUCAUUGUAUGCAAUUCAAUUUUAUGCAAAGGGAAGGUGCCUGACGAAAGGGAACUAAUACAUGUAAUGAAAAGUGAGCGGGAGUUGCAAGAGAAACAACGGAUCGCUCGGAUGGCAGAAGAUUUUAAAUGUAUGGAGGGUCAAAGAAAAAUAUUUAAUUUUUUUUCAUUGUAUUUCAAAGAUCUCAAAGACCAAUUGAGUGAGAAGAACUACGACGACCAAAUAGUGAGUGCCAUCUGUGGAAGUGUGUUGGAUCAAUGGGCUUUGUGGCUGGACGAAAUGAACGAUUUGCCAUUAGAUGUGAAAAAAUAUUCAUAUUCAAAAAAUUUCAUCCCAAAAUUGAAAGCCGUCGAGCAAGACAAUUUGGAUAUCAGCCAAGUCGAGUGGAUGACACCAGCCCGCUUAGUUGUUGUUGCCAGACAUUUGGCCACGCGUAGCAAGAACCCGGACUUCCCAAUGGCAGCCAAAAUUUUAGAAAAACUCCUCCAAUCGAAAGACAAUCAAUUUUAUCCGGCCGCUUACUACUAUCGCGCAUUCAUUCAUCUAAAGAAAAACUACGAAACAAACAAGAAUGAAUUCGUCAAAACAUUGCGCACGUGCGAAAAUAUGUUGAGCGAUCACAUCAACAUGCAAAUAUCGUUUUUUUCUACCGUCCAAACGACGAAAAGGAAAAUUGAUCAGCCGCUUUCGUUUUGUGUCGUCGACGGCUAUACGCAGCAAAAAGAGAACGUGAUUAAUCUGUUUCAAUAUUUCGUUGGUUCGGUUCGUUCAUUGCUGGGCACCGAUUGCUCCAUCGAAGACUUAGAAGCAGCAGGACAGUUGCCAAAAGAAGUUAAGGGAUUUUUCAAAAAAAAUCUAAACAACUUUGAGAAAUGGAUUCAACCAGAAACUCAUGAAAACUGCAAAGUUUUCAAGGAAAAAGACGUAAAGAACAAAGACCCAAAGAGUUUAACAAUUCCACCUGAAAAGGUGGAGGAAUACUUCAAGUUAUUGUUGGAGGGCGAGUCCAAAUGUAUUGGCCAUCAGCUAAACGACGCCAGCACCAUACCGAGCUGGAACUCUUCCUUCGAACAAAAUGCCAAAUCAAAUCGAGAACUGGCCAUUGAACGAGUAGCAAACGCCUAUGGUGUCUGCGCAAGUACGUUAGAAAGAUCACUCCGUCAAGCGGUAAAAAAAGAACUUUGCAAAGAAGAUAUUGAAAAAGAAAUAGAACAAGCAAUGACAAAGAAAUUUGAAGAAGACAAUUUAAUUCCUUGCACGAGGGAGUCGUUCUGGUCGAAAUUACUUGAAACCAAAGCUUUGUGCAAAAACGAGAAUUUCGUCGCCGUGGAUGAGUGCAACGUCGACGCGUUCAACUUAAACCGCGAGGAGGCCAAAACUUUUCCCUUUGACGACAAAGAUUACGUCCUCUACAAUCCCAUUGAUGUAAAGAGCAAGAACGGAGGAGAAAAGAAAAUCUUUUUCACUCAAAAGUACGUUGAAGACACUCUUUAUGGUAAUCGUAUGAACAACACAAGUCGAGAUCAGUUACAGUUCAACAAGAUCGCCAAAGUUAAUGUCAUGGAACUCAAAGCAGUUGAUCUAAAACUAUUUGGCCAGUUGACUGAUGAUGAUUUACGAAAGGCCGACAUCACCUUGGCUGAACGCAAAGGAAUUAAAGACGAGUUGAAAAAGCAAGAUAUCAUCGACGACGACGAAAAUCUCUCAUCCAACUACAAUGGCCAAAUGUUUGAAUACCCAAACUGCCCUGCUUACGAAGACACUGUCAUGCGUUUAGUGGGCAACAAGUUGCGUGCCGAAAUUGUUAGACGGCAGUGGCUGGAAUGCAAAAACAAUUCAAAACGCCUCGAAGCCAUUAAUUUGCUGCCUUUGACACCGUAUCGAGAUAUGCUGGAUGACUUGGUUGACGCCUACGUCAUCAGUGGCGUUGUCCGCGUUAACGGAAUGGACGAAAGUGUCCUCAAAAGAAAAGUGAAUGAAAUCACGGAAAAAGAACACGAGCGCGAUUGUAUUUUGGAUUUCUUGAAAAGUCGGCAAGCAAUUUACGACGCAACUUGGUUGACAAGUCAAGAGGCAGCGCUCGAUUUUAUCGACGGCGACAUCCGCAAGGUAAAAGCCAACACCUUAGAAAGCGAAUUGGGUCUAUUUCGUUUGAUGGGAUUCGAUCAGGUCAUGUACAUGAAGGAACGCCAAAUGUCUAGGAAACAGAAGGUCUGGUUAUCCCUGAUUGUCAUCGGUGGAGUUGCCUUGAUUGUUACUGGAGUUUCGGUUCCUGCCUUGGCUGUUGCUGGAUUUUUACCGAUUAGUGUUGUAGGUAUUAGUGCUGGAGUUCUCUGGAUUUCGAAAUCUGCUAUCAAGGGUGGAAUUUCUGACAUCCUCUUCGUCAUUAAUACUGGUUUAUCAAAAAAGCAAACGAGAUUUCCUGAUUAUGCGCGCCAGGGGAUCAGGAGCGCAUUAGGAAAAUCGAAUCUAGUAGACCCAUUCAAGACUCUUUGGAAGUUAUCGAGACCUGGAAAACUUGCUGGUAAUAACUUUAGACCUGCUGUUCCAUUGCAAAUGGACAGUUUUCACCAACGGCGAGUAAGAGAGAAGAAUCACGAAGCGGAUCAACGAGAGAUUGUCAACGCGUUACUUCAGCUCCAGAAACUAUCGACGAAUCCAAGUGACGAAGAUGAUGGCGAACUCGUCCGGAAAACUUGCCUUUAAAACCAAAAGCGGUGGAUGUGGAAAAAUGGAUGUCAGUCGGAAGGGUGAUGGAAGUCGGAAUGAACUAGGCUACUACAUUUUCAAUAUCUAUUGCAGGUUAAAAGCAAUAUCAUUUUUAUUUUUAAUGGGCUGGAAACUAAGAUAACAGGUGUAGAAAUAGCAUUUUGGAAAAAGGUAUUUUAUAUUAUCAAUUGGGUUCCAUUAUAGCUUUUGUUAAUCAUUUUUGAAAUGGCAAUAUACAUGAAUUGAACCAAUCAAA